AUGUCCGCAACAGUCAAUGUAUUGAGGUACUCAGCCUUAGGUUUAGGUGUUGUUUACGGUGCAUACCACAGAUUCUCACUCGAAUCAGCUUUUGCUAAGCAACAAGCAGCAGCACAAUGGAAGAAAGAAGAGAAAUUGAUUGCCGAGGCUAAAUCUAUAUACCAAAAGAUCAACACUCCUCCAAAACAAGAAACACCAAAGAGCCAAGCUGGCUCUAUCAAUUGGGAGGAUCCAAACUUGGACUUUGGCGCUGUUUUGGAAUCAUUGAUUGCUAAAUUGGAUUAA